GUUUUGAAAUGGCUGAAGCCAAUCAAAGCAUAUUUUCAAAUAGACAUAUAAUGGUAACUCAAGAUGCAACUGAUUUAGAAGUAAUUCAAAAUGGAGAUAAUACAGAAGAAGUUGCUAAUUGUAGUAUUAGAUGUGAAACUAAAUAUGACUCAUUUUCAAAAGUAUGUUUUAAAAUUAGUUGGAACAAAGGAUGUAUAGAAUGGAAUACUUAUAGUACAAAAACUUCCUCAGCAGCUGUCAAUUCAUUUUUACAAGUAUUUUAUGAUUUUGAUAAAAUAAAUAGUAAUAUUUGGGUUGAAGAUGUAGAAGUAGGAAAUGGAAUUUUUUGUUCCAUUUCAACUUUACUUAAAGUAUUGAUACCAUUUUGGAAAUCAGGUGAAAAACCAGUAAUUUACUAUAAUAAAGUAUUAAAACCAGAACAUCAAUUCAGUAUAUGUCUUUAUAUAGGCAAAGAAAAAUAUGAAACAUUAGCAACAGUUUGUAAAAUAUUUGAUUCACAAAUAAUUUCUCUUAAAGCUCAUGGUAUUAUUGAUAAUGACAAUAUACACUGGCCAGUUGAAUUUUACUUCUCUGGUAAUUGGAAAUUUACAUCAAUUAUUAUGGGUUUAAAUGCACCAAAUUCAACAUAUUUCUGCUUAUAUUGUGAGUGUAAAUCCAAGACCAGAUAUAAUAUGGAUCUUUCUUGGCCAAUUACAGGAAAUAAUAAAGGGAAGAAAAAUCCUUCAUUGUUCACUUCAAUUGAAUUACUUAAUUAUGUACCUGAUGAACUACAUAUUUUAUUGCAAAUAACAGAUGUAUUAAUGGAGUGUUUGUUCAAAGAUCUGUUUAAAAAAAAUAAUUUUGGAAAGGGAAUUAAAAAAAAAAUAGAGAAAAAAAUGAGUCAUAUAAAUGUUCAUUUUGAGUUUUAUCAUAGUGGUAAUAAUAAAAGUGCUUCUUGGACUUGGACAUCUUUAAUGGGACCUGAAAAAAAGAAAAUUCUUCAGAGUUUUCCUGUGAGUGAAUUUGUGACUGGAAGUCAUGGAAUUGCUAUAGAAAAUUUAUGGCAUCAAUUUUUUAAUUUGCAUGAAAUGUUAAGGAAACCAUCAUACAAUGAAGAAGAUAUAAUCAAAUUUGAACUUGAAGCCAAGAACUGGGUGAGAUCUUUUUGUCAACCUACAUUAGGCAUAAUAAAUUCUACAUCAACAAUUCCAGGGCUUUAUAGAAAAGAGGAUGUUACUCCAUUUAUGCAUAUUCUUACAAUGCAUGUCAAGUUGUUUUUUGGUGGCACUACAAUGGGAGGUGGUAACAAAACAAAGCCUGUUGUUUAUGAUAUGAUGGUAUUUGAAAAUAGGCAAAUAUUUUAUUUGCUUAAUAAAGUUCCAAAAGAAAUUACAUUACAUAAAGGAAAACAUGGUAAAGCAUCUCUAUGUUGUGACUUUGUGAUGGUUGAUGGCUGA